AUGGCGCGCGAAGAAGAGCUCACCGAGUACGAGCGCGAGCGACAAGCGAAAAUCGAAAGAAAUAAAGCGCUGAUGGAACGCUUGGCGCUGGCGAAGCUGGCGAGCGAGGCGGGGAUCGGUGGAGAGGGAGACGGGCCGGGCCGCGGACGAGGGCGAGGGCGCGGACGCGGCCGCGGAAGAGGACGAGGACCGAGAGUGAAGAGAGAACCGGCGAGACAGAGCUCGCGAGUGGAGAAAUUACGGAAAGAGUCGAGGCUGACGUCGUGGCGCGGCACGCGGAUCGAGCGACCGUUGAGGACGCAUUGGGCGUUUGAGGUGGACGCGGACGUGGGGAGUCUCGGCACGGCGACGGAGGAGGAUAGAGGUUUGAAUGGAAGAUUGGUGCCGAAGAAUUACUUCGUCGAAGGGUACUGCGGUGAUGAACCGUACGCGGCGUGGACGGAUGACGUGGGUUGGCACCAUUUGAUAUGGGGGAAUGAUCGUGUGAAGGAGAAUAAACGACACGUGCGAACGGAUGAGAAAGGAAGCGCGACGGCGAGCGGCGCGGCGGUGAUCAUUUUGCAAGAGUGCGCAAGACGUCGGCGGCGACUUUACGAAGACUUCAUUGUUGAACGCGCGGAGAAGGCCUUAGAUUUGUUGAUGGGUAGUCCAACGCCGAGCUGGUACCGUCCGUACUACCCGACGUACAUUGACGAGCGCGCGAGGGCGUUGUGGGCGCCGAUUGUCAAGCACGCACCGAUUCCCGUCGUGAAAGAAGAUGAACUUGACGAAGAAGAAAAGACACGACGGGCGUUUCGCAAGCAGUUCAAAGAGAACAAGUUCCAGAAUUGGGAAGUGGACAAGAUCGACGUCUUAGACGGUGAAAUCGCCUCCCACUGCGUACAAUGCGGCAUCAGCAAAGAAGAGACACCAAAGAUGCGUCUCGGUCCAGAUAAGCGACGCUCUUUGUGCACCGCGUGCGGAUUGUUCUAUGCUUGCAUGGGUCACACGUAUCGGCCGAUGGGAUUCGCGGAUAACUUGAACUCUACUGUUGAAUUCAAGGACCUUCAAAUAAAUGGGUAUGUCGAGGUGAAAGAGGAGAAGAACGUCGAAGUCACGGACGAUGCGGAGGCGCGAUGCGAGCGCGUGGCGGUCACGUUAUCCGUAUCCGACGCUGGCGACCUAGUGUUGAACGUGGACGUCGUCGAGGAUGACAGGAUGGAAGUGGACGUCGCCGCCGAUGACGGUUUGAGUCGCUACGAGCGAACCGAAAAGGAUUGGGAGCGACACUCAGAACCCUUAUCGACCCAGUAUCCGGCUGUCAAUCGCUUCUUACCAGGUGCACCGGUAUCCACUUCCACGAUGCUCAUGAGGACGACUAGAGGCGUGGUCGAGGACUACCCCAUUGACGCUGUCGAUUGGUCGUCCUUGCCGCACUUCACUAAACUCGUCACUCUUGCGAGUACGGGGUUGAUUACCAAUAGACAGGUCAUGGCGGACGAACUUCCGGAGGAGCGACUGUACCAGCGAGCGGUACCCUACGCCGCGCACUCUCACCUCAAGCGCAUGGUUGAAACGGGGAGAUACGAAAAGUAUCAACUCAAUCUCACCGAAUCGGAGCGGUACAAACCCGUCGAGUACGAAUGGAAGCCAGACCAAAUAGAUGGUGACACGCUAUUCGGGUACUCGGAAGAGCAAGUGCAAGACUCCCUCGAAGCGCACAUGGAGCGGAAAGUAGAAGCUGCGGCCAUGGACGACGCCGACGAGACGAAACGAGAAAUGCUCGCAAACAUUGCUUUGGAGGAUCUCGACGCAAAGCGAACGUUUGAAUACCAGGUCCUGCGAAGCAUCGAGUCUUUUGAAAAGGCUGCAGAGAAGUCAGAACGCGAUGCUGAGCGCGAGCGUGAGCGCGAACGUCGACGUAGAGAUGCUGAAGAGGAAGAGGUUCGCCGCGAGGCUGAGAUGGAAUUGCACGGAGGGAGGCGCGUGGUGUGCAUGAAGGAAUCCAUCGGCUACAGCGCCGAAGAUCUUGCGGCCUACGAAGGCGAGGAAGAUAUUCCGGAUCCAAUCGCCAUUACCUGUGCCGGUCACGUAGGCAUGUUACAAACAAUGUGCAAAUCGCGCGCUGAACGCAUACACGAUGUCGCUUCAGACAAAAUAGUCGGUGGGGGCGAAUUCGAACGCAUGUCUGGCUGCGGCAGCUCAAAAAAAUGGCGAAAUUCGUGCCGCGUUCUCAAUCCCGACGACACGCCUGGCAUUACUAUCGGCGCGCACUUGGUCGAACGCGGCGAUGAAAAGGGCGAUGAUGUCAUCGGACGGCGCAUAGCGGUCUGGUGGGCGACAGAGCAGCUGUUCUACCUCGGGAAUGUUGAAGCUUACAACGUCGCGAACGGCGAUCAUUCAAUUAGGUACGACGAUGGUCAACUGGAGGACGUCGCGCUCUGCAUGCAACGCGUGAAGUGGCUCGAUUCGGACGUGCUUGUUCCGAACGACGAAGAGGAAGCCGAGGACGAAAAAGCGCCCUCUCGUCUCCACGUGCGUCCGCCAGGCGUUGCAGGCUCUGAAGAAGCCACCGUUCGAGUUCCACUAGGAGGAUUUAGCGUUUACACGCGUUUGAAACCAUCGACGACGACGAUGAAGCAUAGCGAGCGUCGUAAGUGCUUCGAAAUUCUACAAGCUGUUCGCAAAGUCGAAGCCGAUGGUAGAAGCUUAUCUGAACCGUUCGAAAGGCUCCCUUCGCGCUUCACCCUACCUGAUUACUACGAAAUCAUCAAGUGUCCGGUCGACUGUGCGGCGAUCGAGCGAAUGCUUCGGAAAUCCAUGGCUGGUUACCCGAAUGUCUGGUUCUUCCUCGUCGCGAUGGAGCUCAUGUUUACCAAUUGUCAGCGCUUUAACGAUCCCGCUUCGAUGCUCUACAGAGACGCCGAAGUCCUGAGAGGCGUCUAUCUCAAGGCGGUUCAGGAACGGUUUCCAGGCCACCCGGUGCCAUCAAAGAACAUUUACGACAACGUAGAUGAGCCAGCGUGGGAUAAACCAGUCGAUGAUGGCGUGAUUGAAGACGAAGACGAUCCAUUUCCGCAGAAGUACGUUCAACCAGAGCUCAGACAAUCAAACACACAAGCCGCCCCGCAAAGGAAGCGUCGUGCGCGGUAUGAUUCGGAUUCUGAGGAAUAUGUACCAAAGCGAAAGUCUCAACGCAGCGCGCCGAGAGAUCGUCGCGUGCCGAAGAACCCGCUCGACUGCGCGAUUUACGUCCUCUCUCGUGUUCACGGAAACGCAAUGCCAUUAAAUUCGCUUUAUGAAAUCAUGGUCGAGAAAGGUGUGGAUUGUGGUCUUUGGGGACGAAGACCACUCGCGGCGCUUGGCGCGCUAUUGCGACAAAACCCGCUCGUCUUUCGUGACGCUCGAGGUGGGGAAGUCUGGGAACUGGUGAACAAAGUGGAUGUCGAUACCGAUGAAGAAAUCGAUUACCUCGCGGAUGACGGUCGAGAAGAGAUGAGCGAAGACACCGCGGAGGCGUCUCCGCCGCCGGAAAAGAUAGAGAUGACAAAGCAAGAAACGAGCGCGUGUCGGAGCGUUCUGGCCGCUAUUCGCGCGAGCAAGGACAAAAAAGGACGCAAACGCGCGGAUCCUUUCGAGUUACUUCCUACGCGUAAGGCUUUACCCGAGUACUAUCGCGCCAUCUCUGCGCCCAUCGAUCUCGGCAGCAUUCAAAAAUGCUUGAACGCGGGCGGUUACCCCUCGACGUGGAUGUUUUGCGUCGCCCUCGAGCUCAUGCUUUCCAACUGCCAAAACUUCAACGAAUCGAGCAGCACGCUGUACAAAGAUGCCGAAGUCUUACGCGGCGUCAUCGCGAAGACGAUCCAAUCUUUGUACCCUGGUCAUCCCGUUCCCGAGCGCGACUCUCCGUACGACGCCGCCAAGUGCGUCGAGCCGCGCUGGCGCCCGCCCGCCGACAAAGGCGCUCCCAAGCCAAAACUUCGUUUCACCAUGAAAACCGUCUCCAAGUAG